AUGGAAGGCAUUGUGGAUUUGUUGCGUCAACAAUUGCAGGUUAUUCAAGCCUUGUCAAGUGGCACAAAGCCAUUUGCCGGCCAAGAAGAACAAGUGCAAGCCUUUUCGACCGUGCCUGAAGGCAACAUGACAAGGACUGACGCACCAACUGUUCCGACGAGAACAAAUGGAAAUGAAGGAAGGAUAGUCGUGCCCGAACGACAACUUUAUAUUCCCCCACCUAUUUGGAACCCAAUUCAUGGUGGAGGAGUAACUGAAAACCAAGGCCAGAAUGUUAGAAAUGGCCGAGAAGAACAGAUUGUACUGGCCCCUCAGGCCGUACCACAUGGAGGCCAUCGAGACCAUAAUCUAGGAGAUGAUCGGCCCCGCAUUCAGAAGAGUUGCCGAUCAUUUUACAGAAGGCCUUAUCUCGAGGCCAUUGAUCGGAUAGAAUUUCCAAGGGGAUUCAGAUUUUCUGAAUUCAUCUUGUUCUCGGGUGAAGAGAAUCAGUCUAUUGUGGAACACAUAGACCGUUUCACUAUCCAAUGCGAAGAAGCUGCGGCCAAUGAAUUCUUAAAACUCUGUCUGUUUGCUAACUCUUUAACAGGUUCUGCUUUCUCAUGGUACAUCAACCUGCAACUAAACUCGAACCAUACUUGGCAAGAAUUAGAGCGAAAAUUCCAUGAGCAAUUUUAUAGGAUUGAGCCGGAGAUCUCUAUGGCUGAUUUGUCUUGUUUGCGUCAAAUGGAAGGAGAAUCGGUGGAGAAUUUUAUUGCCCGAUUCAAAAGGACAAGGAUCAGAUGUCGCUUGGAUAUACCAGAAAGAGAGUUUGUCAAACUAGCCUAG